AUGGCAAUAAAAACAAGCUUUACAAGAGCGAAUGUUAGCCGAACGACAAACGGCUUUAAGCGAAUGAAAUUAUUGAAGACAGUUGCUGUUAUAUCGAAACUUUCUUGUGCCCAUCUGGGAUGUAAUGCUCAUCUUUUGGUAUUUUCUAUUUCUUCAGCUGUUAUUCUAACAACAAUUGAAGCCUAUCGUUAUAAGUGGCCCAAUACAGUCAUGUGGACAAUGAUUCAAGAUAACUGGAUUUUGCAGAAAAAUGUUAAACGUCGUGCAAAUGUUGAAAUUUAUUGGACUCGAGACAUUUUCACGAUGAUUUUCGUCACUAUAAAAAUAUCAAUUUUUCAUGAGAUACCUGAAAAUCAGAACACAUACAUAAGUUUCCUUUAA